GCCGGGUGUGGCUGCCGGUACCGGGAGAGAACGGGGGUGGGGAGGGGGGGCCCGGGGUCCCCUCGCGCCGCAGCACGAGCACACGGGGCGGGCCCGAGGACGCGGGCCCACGCGUGAGGCCGAGCGCGGGCGGGGGGCGGCGGCGGGACCGGGUCGGGACGGCGGGGCGGCGGCGGCGGCGGCGGCGGCGGCAGCAGCAGCAGCAUGAACGCGGCGCAGGGCACGGUGGGCAGCGACCCGGUGAUCCUGGCCACGGCCGGCUACGACCACACGGUGCGGUUCUGGCAGGCGCACAGCGGCAUCUGCACCCGCACCGUCCAGCACCAGGACUCCCAGGUGAAUGCGCUGGAGAUCACACCGGACCGCAGCAUGAUCGCUGCCGCAGGUGAGCCCCCCGGUCCCUGGGGACACCGGGCAGGGCCGGGGACGUUGCUCACCCCCUGCCCGGUCCUUGCUGCAGGCUACCAGCACAUCCGCAUGUAUGACCUCAACUCCAACAACCCCAACCCUGUCAUCAACUAUGAUGGCGUGAGCAAGAACAUCACGUCGGUGGGCUUCCACGAGGACGGGCGCUGGAUGUACACAGGCGGGGAGGACUGCAUGGCCCGUAUCUGGGACCUCCGGUCUCGUAACCUCCAGUGCCAGCGGAUUUUCCAGGUGAACGCUCCUAUUAACUGUGUUUGCCUGCACCCCAACCAGGCUGAGCUAAUUGUGGGUGAUCAGAGCGGCGCCAUUCACAUCUGGGACCUGAAGACGGACCACAACGAGCAGCUGAUUCCAGAGCCCGAAGUUUCCGUGAAUUCGGUUCACAUUGACCCGGAUGCCAGUUACAUGGCAGCUGUGAACAGCUCGGGAAAUUGCUACGUGUGGAACCUGACAGGCGGCAUCGGCGAGGAGGUGACGCAGCUGAUCCCCAAGACCAAGAUCCCCGCGCACAACCGCUAUGCCCUACAGUGCAAGUUCAGCCCUGACUCCACGCUCUUGGCUACGUGCUCUGCAGAUCAGACCUGUAAGAUCUGGAGGACUUCAAACUUCUCUCUGAUGACAGAGCUGAGCAUUAAGAGCAACAACCCUGGGGAAACAUCUCGGGGCUGGAUGUGGGACUGCGCCUUCUCUGGGGACUCCCAGUACAUUGUCACAGCCUCCUCUGACAACCUGGCCAGACUGUGGUGUGUGGAGACCGGAGAGAUCAAGAGGGAAUACAGCGGCCACCAGAAGGCCGUGGUCUGCCUUGCGUUCAACGACAGUGUGUUGGGAUAACAGUCAUGGGUGGGCAAGAAAGGAAAGGACCUCUGCUUGUUUUCCCUUGUCUGACAGUGGGAAGCUCCUCUCUGGAGCCCCAGACACGCACUUGUCACCAUCCCCUCCUCUGGUGAGAGGGCUCAGGCUCUGGCAGAAGCCAGACCAGGUGUCACCCCAGCAGAGCGUCACCCAACGUGUGUGGCCUCGGAAGGAGAUGCUUGCACAAAAGGGGAUGGGAGAGGGAGGUGCGAUCACACUGAGGGCAGCUGGGUGCAGUUCAGCUGGAAGAAUCCCUGUGGCAGUGGCUGCUGACAGCUCUGUGAUGUUCUUGUACCCCAAAGUGGGGGGAAAAAAGAAUAACCAGCCUUUCUAAAUGGUGGGAGAGGCUGAGCAAAGAGAGGAAAGGCAGCUGUUGUCUCAUUUUGCAAUCCCUUUAUUCAAAGUGUAUUUCACAGACUGACUUGGAAAGCUGUACUUGUACAAAGCCAACCACCCCCAACAAAUCUAAUAACCUCAUGUUGAACAGGGUGUGCAACCAUAAAACACUGGCUGCUCCCGUGAUUCCUCUAGGCCUGGUUCUGCUAAUACCUAUGGACAAGGUGCAGCCCUGAGCACAGCUGCAAAUAAAGUGUCUGUACUGACAGCA